CAAUUUGAAAGAUUGAUAAAAGGACACCUUUUCGAGUCUGCUCCAGCUAUUCAGGUUUCAGCAGUUCCCCUGCUCUUUCCUUCCUGUGUCAGAAAUACAUGCUUCAAGAUUUUCAUCCUUUAUCAGUACAGGUUAUCUCUUAGAGGCUCCAGCAAGAUCAGGAUCAGCAUGGCAUCUCGGAACAAGGAUACAGCCGGGCAAGGCUUUGCUGCACAGUUGUUGAAAUCGGUGAAUGAAUAUCGAGCGAAACACGGAGCGGGGCCACUGACCCUGAACCCAGCAAUCAGUGAGAAAGCUGAGAAGUGGGCAAAGAAUUUGGUAGAUUCCAGAACAUUGAAGCACAGCGACACACCAUACGGGGAGAAUAUCUGGUGUCAGCAAGGCUCUGGCAGUCUCCAGGUUACAGGAAAGGAAGUUGCAGACUCUUGGUACAAUGAAGUUAAAAACUAUAACUUCUCUUCUCCUAGAUUUCAAAAGAACUGUGGCCAUUUCACACAGUUGGUUUGGAGAGAAUCCAAGGAGAUGGGGGCUGGCCUGGCAUCGGAUGGCAAAGGUCUCACCAUUGUGGUGGCCCAGUUCAACCCGGCCGGUAACAUCACCAACCCAGGCUACUUUGCUGAAAACGUCCUGCCGUUCGGCAGUGAAGUGAAGGAGGACGAGAGUGGCUCGGCACAACCAGACAGUGGGGAAGGCUUUGCUGCACAGUUGCUGAAAUCGGUGAAUGAAUAUCGAGCGAAACACGGAGCGGGGCCACUGACCCUGAACCAGGCAAUCAGUGAGGAAGCUGAGAAGUGGGCAAAGAGUCUGGUAGAUUCCAGAACAUUGAAGCACAGCGACACAUCAUACGGGGAGAAUAUCUGGUGUCAGCAAGGCUCUGGCAGUCUCCAGGUUAAAGGAAAGGAUGUUGCUGACACCUGGUACAAUGAAAUUAAAAAUUAUGACUUCUCCUCCCCUGAAUUUCAGAAGAAUUGUGGCCAUUUCACACAGUUGGUUUGGAAAGAGUCCAAGGAGAUGGGGGCUGGCCUGGCAUCAGAUGGCAAAGGUCUCACCAUCGUGGUGGCCCAGUUCAACCCGGCUGGUAACAUCACCAACCCAGGCUACUUUGCUAGGAAUGUCCUGCCGGUCGGCAGUGAAGUGAAGGAGGACGAGAGUGGCUCGGCACAACCAGACAGUGGUAAGCCACCAGAAACAGGCAAGGUGGUACCACUACCAGACAAGGAAGCAAAAGCAUUUCUUGCUGAACUGCUUCAAGAACACAACAGAUUGCGAGCCCUGCAUGAAUCACAGCCACUCCAGUUAAACUCAGAUCUCUCCAAGCGAGCACAGAAAUGGGCAGAUCAUCUCGUUGAGAUCCGUGCGCUCCAGCACAGUAACACCGACUAUGGCGAGAACCUCUGGUACAAAUGGAGCAGUGAGGCAAAGCCACCAACAGGGACCGAAGUAAGUGAAUCCUGGUACAAUGAAAUCAAGAAAUACGACUUCAAAUCUCCUGGUUUUAAGAGUGGAACAGGCCACUUCACGCAGAUGGUGUGGAAGGAAUCACGUGAGCUGGGUGCUGGCUGUGCUACUGAUGGGAAGGGUAUGUUCAUGGUGGUAGCGGUCUACAAUCCAGCAGGAAACAUCACCAAUCCCGGAUACUUCGAGAAAAACGUGUUACCUCCCAGUAAAAACUAACCAAGGAAGAAGACGACUGGAGUCAAAUGUCAAACAUUGUACUAAUGUACACUGAUGAUUGCAUGGGAUUAAUAGGAAUUUCAUUUGGGGCUUAAUCAAUUUAAUUUAAAUAGAAUUGUCUUCCAGGUUUUGAGUGGAUUUUACCACAAUAUAUUUUUAACAAGAUCUUAUAACAGAAAAUUACUUAUCCCUGAUUUUUUUUUCUAUUCAUUCAUGGGAUGUGGGUGUCAUUGGCUAGGCCAGCGCUUGUUGCCCAGAGGGUUUGAAGGCACAUGUGGGCAGGACCAGGUGAAGAAGGCUGUUUCCUUCCCUCAAGGACAUUAGUGAACCAGAAUGGGUUUUUCUAACAAUCAAGAUGGUCAUCAUUAGACUUUUAAUUCCAGAUUUUAUUUGAAUCUAAAUGCCACCAUCUGUCAUAGUGGGAUCAUUACUGGGGUCUCUGUGUUAAUAGUCUAGGGAUAUUAGCACUGGGCCAUUGUCUCCCCUUCCUUAGCUCCUUCAUUCGUAUUAUGCUGUUAGCUGUUGGGAUGCAAUUCUGUCUUUCCAUCCCAUUUCCUCCCUUGAAAACGCUCGUUAAAACCAACCUCUUUGAUUACCUUCUUAUUAACUCCUUAUGUGAUUCGAUAUGACAUACUGAUUCCUGGGAUGGCAGGAUUGACAUAUGAAGAAAGGUUGGAUAGAAUCAGGGUUAUAGGUGAACGCGAGGACUGCAGAUUCUGGAGGUCAGAGUCGAGAGUUUGGUGCUGGAAAAGCACAGCCUCCAGGGGCUCCCUGCCUCAUUCCUGAUGAAGGGCUUUUGCCUGAAACAUCAUUUUUCCUGCUUCUCGGAUGCUGCCUGACCUGCUGUGCUUUUCCAGCACCACUCUAAUCUCGACUAGGGUUGCACUCGUUGGAACUUAGAAGAAUGAGGGGAGCAUCUCAUAGAAACAUAAAUCCUGAUGGGACUGGACAGGCUAGAUACAGGAAGAGUGUUCGUAAUGUUGAGGAAGUCCAGAACUAGGGAUCACAGUCUACGAAUAAGGGGUAAGCCAUUCAGGACUCAGCUGAGGAAAAAUUUCUUCACUCAUAGAGUUGGGAACCUGCAGAAUUCUGUACCACAGAAAGCUGGUGGAGCCAGUUUGUAGUUAUAUUCAAGAGGGAUCUGGACAUGCCCCUUGCUACUAAAGGGAUCAAGGGGUUUUGGGAGAAAGAGGUAGUGGGAUAUUGAAAUCGCAUGAUCAGCCACAAUCAUAUUGAAUGGUGGUGGAGGCUCAAAGGGCCGAACGGCCUACUCCUGCACCUAUUUUCUAUGUUUCUAUGACAUCAAUUUAUUUUCGACAGCAAUCCUUGCAAAAACCUUGGAAUAUUUUACAGUGUUAAAGUGCUAUAUAAAUAGAAGUUGUUGUUGGGAAAAUGCUUGGAGUAUAAUGUGUCAAGCACUUUGUGGAUUCCUGCAAAUUCUCAUCUCAGCAACCGGUAAAGGGCUUUGAGUUAUUAACUCUGUUUAUAUACUAGGUGUGUGGUUAUUAAAGGGUUAUACUGGGCCAGAGUAUCCUCAUAAGGCAACUCCAGCAGAAUUACAGACAAAGAAAUGUUUCAGCAUUAUCCCAGAAAUGUGUUCAAGCUGGAGCUGAACAAGGGAGACUUUACAAUUUGCUCACUGACUUGCUUCACCUCAAAAUGUGAAGGGGCUGCGAGCUCAGAGACAGCAACAGCCACUGGGUAUCACUGCAACCUCCCUAACACUCUCACAGCUUCUGUCUGCCAUGCCCUCUACUGUUACAGAUACCGCACCCCAUCUCCUGCUCCAAGUGACAGACUGCAACAAAUUCCAAGCUUCAAAAUGGAGUCACAUCGGGAGAAAGUUUAGGAAGCACUGUCUUAUUGGGUUCAUUUUAUACUUUCCAUGCUAGUCCAUGCACUGAUUUUAAAUGCUUUCUAAAACUGCAGUCACGUUUUCUGUUUCCCUUCAACUAGCAGCGAGUGAAUAACAGCCGUCCAAUGCAGACGCACACAGGCCUCCUUUAGAACCCUGGCAAUGCACACCAUAGUAACAGUGUUAUGAAAUGAAGCUGCCAGAUUUACCAGGAUGUAGCUGAAAUGUUUUCUCCUUGGGACCAGGAAACAAUUAUCCACUUGUGCAGCAUCAGCGGUUCAGGAUGUGAGUCUGCACAAGUCACUGUUUAUUCUCAGUGCUCUUUGCCAGUGCACGCUGCAUUAACACUCAAUACCAAUUCCUGCCAAUAAACUGCAAAUUAGUCCUUCACCCCUUCAGCAAGGAUUGCAACUCAGUCAUCCAUAAUUCUGGAGAUGUGAUCACAUGAUUUCUGACCUCCAAUCAAGAUCCAAUAUAACAGCCUUCCCUACCCCAAUCUCCAAAAUAUUUAACAAAGAAGGUAAAACUAUCGGGUUUUUUUAAACUCAUUUUUUAAAAUCAGUGUCCAUGCAAUUAAACUAUAUAACAGACUGGGCUCAAGUGUUUAUAUGGUAGCCACCUUUUGAACAUCUCAGACUAUAUCUCCAACAAGUGGCAAGGUGUACAUAAUAGCUGGGGCCAAAGCCAGAUAGAAGGAGGUAGACUGAUUUUGGAUUACUGAAUCAACCUGGUAUGAAUAAGCCUCAAUGAUGUAAGUGUUCAUUGUGAUUAAUUCCAAACCAUGUGUUACAUCUGCUGAUUUCCACUUGUGGCGUUGGGAUCUGUUUAAAUAAUAAUGUCGAACUCAUGACUUGGAAUUGCAAAAAGGGUGAAAAGAGUCUACAAUAUGUUUUGACUUAAUAUUAUGCUUCUGCCAUGUAACCAUCUGUGGAUAUUCCUUACAUUAAAAAUUGCUCAAGUUA